CAUCAAUUUGUUAAUCUCUUCUACUGUCGACGCUACUAUGACAUCUUAGAAUUUUGACUAUAUUUUAUUAAUCGGCAAGAACAAAUCUCCUUUUCUUUUAAAGAUUGUAUCACAGUGCCAACACUCUUAUAUUUUCUCUGGCAUAUCAUGAACGAGACAUAGACAGACAGCUCCAGUGUCUUUCCGUGUGGGGGAGGAAAUUCCUUUUUUCUGAGGAAAUUAGUAGUGAAUUAACGCAGAUUCCACGGAAGUUAAGUCCUGCAGUCCAAAAUGGAAGAGAUAGACAGCUUGAUUCAGUCUCUUAUGGAGAAAGAAAUUCCUGAUGGGCGACAGGCUUUGAAAGAUGGGCACGAAAAUCUGGCCAAAGUUGCAGCUUACUGUGAACAGAAAUAUCGAGACGCAAACAAGCAUCACGCUUUACCGGGCUCAGAUAAAGCAAAGGCUUUCGAAGAAACAAGGGCUGUUCUGGAAGAGACGAAAAAGUUCGCUACACAGUCGCUAGCAAGCGUGGCUUAUCAGAUAAACUCUUUAGCCCUCAGCAUGUUGAAUUUGAUGGAUAAUCAAGCUUUAAAGGUGGAGGGACUGGAGGCAACGGUUCAUCUCUUUGGACAGGUUGGUUUGUGUGUGAUUCUUUUAGAACUCCACGCGCGCGCACGAAAGUUUCUCUUAAAGCUUUACACAACUAUUCCUUUAAAUUAUUACUUCCUACGAAGCAUGUGGGAACUACUAAUAUUAAAUAAUAAUUAUGGGGGUUCUAACGUUGUCGUAUCGAGAGAAGUAAUUAGCCAUUUCCGGGGCCCGGCUUCGUUCUCAGCUUUUCGAAAACAAAUCCUUUUGGGAGUAAAGCAAUGAUUUUGAUUGCGAUGUAGAGAAAUCGCGACCCUUUUUCUGAAGCAAAUAUAAAUAUUCCUUCAAGAGCAAUUCAUGUUCUCUGAUCUUGAAUAAACAUUUCUUAAAAAUGCUUUCAGCGAUUCUAAUUUUCUUCCUUAACCAAAUAUUGACAGAACUCCACUCUUUGCGAGUCUGACAUCAUUGUCACGUUUUGAUGGCUUUAAUAAACCCAUUCUAUCCAAAGAUCUAAAUAGAAAUUCUCCCUCCCAUCAAUCUUAUAUUUAUCAUAUUUCAGCUGUGAGAAUUUAGCAUUAAAUCAACCAAUGCCUUCAGAAUUGAUAUUUUUCUCUCUUCCUACAACUUUUUUGCUCACAGUGCAUUAAUAUGUUAGGAGAAAUGACUAAUUGGUCAUUCUUACAGGUUAAUAGAUAAAAAUCUCUUUAUAGAACCUUAAACCCAAACACUAGUAUGCAUAUUCUCCAUACUGUUCUCUAUACAUUUCUUGAGGUGCUGACAAGGAGAAUUUACUUAACAAUCAAAAGCUUUAGUUGGUGAUCAAUUUGUUUAUUCUCAUGAUCUUCAUAUGUGAUUCAGGGGUGAUAUUGUAAGGAGAAUUUAGAUGCGAGUCACUCUCUGGGGACAAAGGGGCAACUCAAUAUGAAAUUUUUAUAUCAAUGAAUGACAAGUAGGAAAUAUUCAUUGUUUUGCAUUUAGAGUGUUGAAGCACACAAAGAAAAAGUGGCUCGUCUUAAGAUAGGCGCUCUUGGUUCCAACAAGUCGAGGAAAAAGGUACCUAAAAUAGUGGCUCCAGCUGAAAAAGAGGAACAUGAAACAUAUGACUAUGAGGGCAUGCCAAUUGAUUUUCACAGUCUGGAUAAUUUAGGUGAAUACUUGAAACUUACUGAAAUUAUCAAGUAUGAGUUAUUAGACUUCAGUAAAAUAACUUUGGUUAUCAAAGAGAUGCACGCACUCUGAUUGGUUAAAGUUGUUCUUAAUUGUUAUGCAUGUUAGUUCUUGUGUCUCAAGCUCUGAUGUUCAAAAUGAGCGUGGAGUGAAUUUUUGACGUUUCUGUUAGAGAAACACCUGAAUAAAAUGAGUUUAAAGGAAAUGCAGUCAGUUCUGACAGUCACCUAAGGCAAUACACAAAAACAACAUUCUACUCUCAGGUUGAGUGUUUGUUAUUGAAUUUCAAGAGAGCUCAGAUGGGUACCUGUUUAGCUAAAAUGUUCAGAAUUAACCAGAUUGUUUAAAAAAAUUGAAACCAGAAUAAUUAUGAUCAUCAGAAUUUAUACUAAUGUAUGAGUUUCUUAGCAUCAUUCAUUCUUAUAUCAAAAAAAUUUCACUUAAUGCCACCAAACACUGCCAGAUUUUUUAAUCACACAGUUGUUUCACCAGCUUACUCAACAAAGCCAUCUAUUUGGGUGCUAAUGUUUUUGCAGGGAAUGGUGCCAAGACAAAGAGCAGAUCUCAAGAAAGUCAACAAAGUAGCAAGAAAAAAGGAGGCAGAGGAAGUUCAAGGAGAGCACAAUUGACAAAUCCCCCACCCCCUCCUGUACCCCCACCUUCUGUACCCUCCUUAGACUCAGAUCUGCCCUCUCCCCCCUUGGUGGCAAACCAGGUGACUGCAUUGCCAGCAGAUAAUGGUGCUGGGAUCCCUCCACCACCACCACUCCCAACAGGGGUACCUGCUCCCCCACCACCUCCUGGCAUUGGAGGCACAGUACCUCCCCCACCACCAGCCCCUGGUAUAGGGGGAUCAGUACCUCCCCCACCACCUCCCCCCAGUAUUGGAGGAUCAGUACCAUCCCCACCACCACCCCCUGGUAUUGGAGGAUCAAUACCACCCCCACCACCACCCCCUGGUAUUGGAGGAUCAAUACCACCCCCACCACCACUUCCUGGUCUUGGAGGAGCAGUUGCAUCUCCACCUCUGCCUCCUGGUACUGGAGGAGCCAUACCACCCCCACCAGCCGUAGGGGGAUCAGUACCUCGCCCACCACCACCUCCUGGUGUAGGAGGAGCAAUUCCUUCUCCAAGAGCACCCCUGGUAAAUUAGGCACAGUUCCUCCUCCCCCACCACCACCUCCUGCCAUGGGAGGAGCGGUUCCCCCACCACCAACACCUGCUGUUGUACCAUCCCCACCGACUCCCCCUAGCUCAGGAGGAUCAAUUCCUGCCCCACCACCACCUCCUCCUUUGCCAAGUGAUGGUGCCAAUGCUAAGCUAUCUAAACCAGGUAAACAAAAAAUUAGUAAAUUGUUGUAUCAGUAAUUUGUAUCGUUCUUUUUAGUAUAAGAACUUACAGACUGACAUUUUUAAUUUCUUUAAUCAUAAUCAGGCGAAGGUAGUCUACCCUCCUCACUCCCUCCCUCUGAGGAAGAAUACUACCAAUCCCCAUCAUCACUACUAAUGCCCGUGCCACAAGAGGAUUUGUACCAGGUUCCCUCUGUGCUAACAGGAAAAGGGACCUCUUGCAUCCCUAAAAACUACAUAGAAAAAG